AUGAACCCAUACAACGACGUCAAGUCUCCCGGGGAGUAUGAAGAGCUGCUUCCACAGCCAAAUGCUACUCUGGUCAAACCAUCUCUGUGGAACCAGAGGCUGCGCAUUGUAGCUGCCUUUGUCGCCGGCAUUCUCACUUGCUUUUCAGUAUUGAGCUAUGUGCACCAGCCAUCUUGUGCCAUCGACCAGGCUGCCCCGUCCGGCGCCGUCGAGCUGUAUGCUGCGCCAUGGGCCGGCUCGUCUGAGGUGCACCACUACCCCCCUGCAUCCCCGACCAACGUCAACCCAUCGCUCUUCCCCACGUCUGUCGGCUACGCCGGCACCACCGCGACAGGCGCGGAGCCUGCGAUUGUCGUGACCGCGCCGUCCUAUCCGGUGCACACUGGCGCGCCCAACCUUGUUGCGCCAUCAUUCAAAGGUCACCGAAACCACACGUCCUCCAAAUUCGAUAUCUUCAGGUACUGGGGCAACCUCUCGCCAUGGUUCAGCGUCGAGCGCGGCGCAUUCGGCCUGGACUCGAGCCCGGAGGUGCCCGACACGUGCCGCAUCACCGGGCUGCAUCUUCUCCAUCGCCACGGCGCCCGCUACCCUUCGCAUUCUGACGGGUCCAGCGGUCCAGCGGGCUUGGCCUCCCGUCUCAACGAACAUGCAGCCGAGUGGAAGGCCAAGGGACAUUUGGCUUUCUUGAACACAUGGACAUAUAAGCUUGGCGAAGAAUUAUUGACUCCCUUUGGACGCCAGCAGCUCUACGACUUGGGUGUCUCUACGCGCCUCAAGUACGGCUUCCUCCUUAAGAACUUCUCUGAAACCAACACGAUUCCUGUGUUCCGGACGGAGUCCCAGAAUCGCAUGCUCGAUUCUGCCCUGAACUUCGCCAUUGGGUUCUUUGGGUACCCAUUCGAGGGCCAGUACCAGCAGAGUAUCACCAUUGAGAAUACCGGGAUAAACAACACACUUGCACCCUACAUGACAUGUCCGAACUUCUAUAGCGAGGAGAAUAUCCGUGGCUUUAUCUACGCACGCAAAUGGGCAGAGAUAUAUCUCGAGGACGCACGGCAUCGCCUCCAGAAGCACUUGCAUGGUUACCAUCUGACUAUUGACGACAUAUACUCUAUGCAGGAGACGUGUGCCUACGAGACUGUCGCGAUCGGGUACUCCAAGUUCUGCGAGCUCUUCACCGAAGAAGAAUGGGAGGGCUACGACUAUUCACUCGACCUGGGCUUCUGGUACAGCACAGCGUGGGGCUCGCCGGUCGGGCGCGUGCUCGGCAUCGGGUACGUCCAGGAGCUCGUCGCACGGCUCACGCACACGCCGAUCGCGGAGCACAACUCGUCGACGAACGCGACGCUGGACGACAACGCGACGACGUUCCCGCUGGACCAGAGCCUGUAUGUCGACGCGACGCACGAGAUCACCGUGCUCAACGUCCUGACCGCGCUGAACCUAAGCAACUUCGCCGCGGCCGGGCCCCUGCCGUACACCCACAUCCCGCGCCACCGGUCCUUCAAGACUUCACACCUCGCGCCAUUCGCAACCAACGUCCACUUCCAGCUGCUCUCGUGCGCACACACGCACGGCCCGCAAGUCCGGAUCAUCGUCAACGACGGCGUCGUGCCGCUCACGUCGCUGCGCGGGUGCCCGCACCAGCCCGACGGGCUCUGCCCGCUCGACACCUUCGUCGCCGCGCUGAGCGAGAUCAUUCAAACGACGGACUGGCAGUGGGGAUGCCACGGCAACUGGAGUGUCGCCGCUGGCGACGUGUGGAACACCACGACGGGGUCCUACCCGCCGCGGCCUGUAUGAGUACGUGUCAUGGGCUGAGGUUCGUUAUGUGUUGGGUGGGGCGACAUGGGGCGUUGGAGCUCGUCGAGCUAAGUUUGUUGGCGGCACCCUUUUUGCUGGGGUUUGCGUGUACUUGUGAGCGGAGAACGACGGAUCCGGAUUGAGCGAGGGGCUGCAGCUCUGGCCCGCCUGGCAUCGAAUAAACUCCACAAUGAUUGAUUGACUGCGAGCGGCAGGUUACAGAUUCUUGUCGUAGCGGUCAAAAGUAACCACGACGGGGGCAUGAUGAUCCCAUAAGCUGUGUGGCCUUCGCCGUGGUCGUUCUCUGGACCAUCGUGCCGUACACGCGGCGAAGCUGAACGCGGAAACACUACUCAUUACAUGAAUUAAAGUAUUACGUCUGAUGUAUAAUCACGGUGGUCGGUGUACACAACACGCAGAGACCGG